AUGGACCCGGUUGUCGUGACAUCCGACGAUGGCACCAACUCAACUGUCAUUGACCCCUCGACGCAGCAGACCAUCGCGCAAGGGUCCGCCACGGACGGCGGCGGCGUGGACUUCAAUGUGCCCGCCAUCAUCUGGCUGGCGUUCGUCUUCACGGUGGGCGCGCCGCUCGCGCUCGUAGGCAUCCGGCUAUGGCGCGUGACGACGGGGGCCGGUGUCGGGCUUGCCGCGACACUCUGCAUCUGGGCGGCAUUCGUCAACACAGUGAACGCGGAGGGACUGUCGGACCUCGUCCUGACGAUUAUUGUUCUCGCCGCGUUCGGCGUCGGCUUCUUUAUCGGGCUGCUCAACCUCGGACGCGUCGCGGGCAUAUGGAUGCUUGGCAUACUCGGCGGGAUGUCGAUCGGCAUCCGUAUCGUCCUACUCCGCGACGGGUUGCUCAUCCCGAAGUAUGCGGCGAACUGGUUUAUUGUGGGGAUACUCAUGAUUAUUGGUCUGGGGGUCACUGUCUUCCGGCAGCGGUUUGGCCUUGUGUCGUCAUGCGCCGCCGUCGGGUCGUUCCUCGUGGCUCUGGGCAUCGACCUCAUCCUGAACAAGCAGAGUGGGAUGAGCACCGGUCUGCGAUUCCUAUUUGACCGGAACAGUUCACAUUUCUUGGCGAUUGUCCACCUCGGCUACCAUCCUCCCAUCUUGACGCAGAUCCUGCUCGGCGCAUCUCUGGGUACAAUCCCUGUCUUGGCAUUCGCGCAGCACAAGAUCUUCCGCGCGCCCUUCCGUCCUACAAAGACCGAGGUCGACAUCUCGGACGGCGCGUCGUUCACAGAGGAGGCUGUCGCCUUAAACCAGGAAAAGGAGAAGUCUUCCCUCGAGACUCGAACAGGCACGGUUACCCCAGCCAAGGCUAGCCUGCUUAACAGCCGCUUCAGCAGCUCAUAG